UUUUACUCUUUCAUGUCUGCCUUCCCUACCAAUUUGUGUAGUCUCUCACAAUUUCACUCUCUUUCUCUCUCUCUAUAAAAACCACUAUAUUGACAUAUAUAUAUAUGUAUAUAUUAUACAGGAGAGUAGAUGGAGAGAGUGAGGAGGAUGAAGUCCGACUCCGAAAUGAUCGCCCUCAUCCAACACCCCCAUUAACUCCGGCGUCACCUUCCUCGACACCUACGACGUCCACCGUCCUCUCAUCAACGAAUUCCUCAUCGCCAACCUUUUCCAACGAGAAGAUUCAAAUUCGUGGUGAUCCGGUGUAUGUCCGUCCGGACCACCAGCGAGGCCAGCUUAAAGCGGCUCGACACUAGCAUCCCUAUCGAAGAUCACGGACCAUAUGAUCAUCUUGUGUUCACGACUCUACCCAUGGUCGCAAGUUGAGAUUGUUGAGGAAAAACCACAGCUAUGUCAAGAAACCCCCAUAGAUUCAUGUAAAACAGAAAGUUUUUCCAUAUUGGCUCCCACUGAAGGUUCAUCUAAUAAUGAGCUAAACUUAUUACCGCUAAAAGGACUACUGAGGUGCAGAGUCCUGAUUUUCAGAAGGAAUGGAUAUUGCAAGUUGAACAGGUUAAAUCAGAUGCACCCGAGAAAUUGGAGCCUAACCAUGAUAAAGUGAGUUUGAUUCAUGAAACAACAUCAAUAUCUAUGUCGUUAUGCUCUCCUUUCAGUCCUGUAACUUUGCCACGAGAUGGUGUAUCAGAAGCCUCUCAUUGUUUAUCAAUUAUUACUAAAGAAAAUGACAAAGUAUCACAGGCGGAUUUUUCUAAAGAUGCAAUGCCAAUUGAAGCAGUCAGAUUUUAUCAAAAUUCUUCCCAAGCAUUUGUUCCUUCCGGAGUUCUGGUCAAUUGUCCUCCAAGGGGGAUUCUUAAGAGGAAUCCAUGUGGAUGCAGAGGGCUCUACAACUGUCUGAACUAUGCUUCGUUUCAUCUCCAUGCUGACAGAGCAUUUGAGUUCUCCAGAAAUCAGAUGCAAUAUACUGAAGAGGUAGUUUUGCAGUUGAUUAAGGAAUUAUCAUACCUUCGGAAUAUUUUAGAGAAAUCUGAUAUUGAUGGCAAUGAUCAUAUUGUACACGUCAAUCAGUCAAAAGAAGCUUGCAUUAAAGCUUUUAAAGCCGAACAAUUGGCAAAAGGUCAGCUCAGCGAACUGAACAGUGAUCUGACUUUGGUGCUACUGCUUUUGGAAGAUGUGACAAAUCUGCUAAGCUUGGUAGUAUUAUUGUUGAGGACCAAUGGCAUUUCCCAGCUGAAUUUCCUCAAUAUGUGCAAGACUUUCUCUCCUCUCUUUCUAUUACUAUGGAGACGGAUACUGUUAUUUGGCGACAGGGCCCCUUCUCACUGAAAGCUGCAUGGAAUGCAUACAGGGUGAAGAAUCAGGUGUUACCAUUGGACAAGAUUAUGAAAGCAGCACUGCAGGCCCAGGGUAUCAGUGAUCGUCUCUUUCAUUAUGCAGCAUAGGAACCUUUCCUUCACACAUUUGCAGAGAAGAGGGAUGUGUCUUCCUCCUAUUUGCCGUAAUUGUUAUGCUGCAGCAGAUGACAAUGAUCAUCUGUUUUGUUCUUGUUCCUUUGCCAAGUUAGUUUGGAGUGCUGUUUUUGACAAACUGAGCAUCAGUGUUGGCCCGUUCUCAUCCCUUGACAGUUUGGUGGUCUGGUUUUCUCAUCCCUUGACAGUUUGGUGGUCUGGUUUUCUCAAGCCACUGCCAUAACUACUUUCAAAGCCAAUAUCCUUGCAUCUGUUUUUGCAAAUUCUGUAUGGAAGAUUUGGACUCAUAGGAAUGCUGUUCUACACAAUAAUUGUCGCUCCAAGGUGAUUUGGGAGGUGUUGCAUGUUAGCAAAUGCUCCCCGGAAGAAUUGAAAACUGUCUUUUAAUUGAAAACUGUCUUUUAAUUUGUGUUUGAUGUUAUUAGUAGAGUUUCUCUGUUGGUGUUCUGGCCUAUAGAAAUGGGCUUUCACCUUUUUUCUUUCGUUGAGCAUUGUCUAACUUGUACAUAUUUGAAGCUGCAUUUAAAGCUAUUUAUAUCCUAUCCAAUGUUGAAGAAUAUUUAUGUUUUCAUGGUGA